GGUUGGAUCACGUCUAAAAUAAUUUUGAAAAGUUUUUAAUACAGAAGUAUUUUCGUUGGCAAAAUUUUUUAUAAUUUAUACAACUUACAGUCAUGUAGAAACGAAAGGAAUUUCGAAAUUUAUUUGGACAAUACAAAGUAUUAAUUAUUUGUUAUUGGAACAUUUCGUAGUUUUCAAAAUUUUAUUUCAAUAUGUCGGGGUCUGAAAAUAGGAAGUCUGGUAGACCAACAACACGCCAUGACUACGGUAAGGUCAACGAGAUAGGAUUCGGAGAUGAUGACACUGGAAAUCCUUCCGAAAAUUCGGACAACCAAGAUGGCGCUACCGGCAUUUCUACCGCCGUUUUCAGCCCAGUGAAAAAUAAGAAGGAUGAGACUUUGGCUCUUCUGCAAAGCCAGUUACAAUCGUUGGAUCAAGAAGAGGAGGAGUUGAGGAAGGAUGCAGAAAUUACAAAAUUGCAGAAAAGGAUUGAGCAGAAGAAAAAGUCAGUAGCAGAAUUACGAGAUAAACAGUUUAAGGAAUUAAAGCAGGACCUCAAAGUUUCAAAUUUGUCUGCAUAUGCAUCUGGUUCACGGAAGAAUUUAAAAAUUCAAUGGGAGUCUUUUAUACUUUUUUGUUUAUACUUUCAUUUACAGUAUCUUCCAGCUGAAACUUACACUUUACAAUUGUAUGCUCAGUUGUCAAGACCUUCACAGAUAGUUCUGUCACAAUAUACUUGUCCUCUAUCUUGCCUAGACCAGUAG